CACUGCACAUGAGUCCUUUUGCCUUCAAGAGGAAACUUCUCUUUACUUGUCGCUAUUAUUUGUCGCACUCAGUUCUCCUGUUUAACAAUGCUUUCUGAACCUCUUUCUAGAAAAUUAUUUUUCAUCUGACUUCCAUUACUGAGAGGCUCGUCUGUGUGGAGAAUCUAAUACAAUUCCUUAAUGGCCUGCUGCACGUACUGCUGGAUCCUGAUGGGGCUUUUAGGUGUUAGCUGUGAAGUAACCAAGCCAGUAGAUAAAAUGUGCACUGAGAUUAUUGCUAAGAGAAGCUAUAGUUGUGAAGGUUUAGAACUGACCAAUAUUCCAGAAGAACUGCCUUUCACGACCAAAGUCCUAGAUUUCAGUUUUAACUCCCUACAUUCCCUUCAACCUUCCACCUUAAGCAAGCUGAAGGACCUGGUAUAUUUAGAUUUAACAAGGUGUCAGAUUAAUUGGGUAUAUGGAAGUGUCUUUGAAAACAACUCUUACCUGGAGACCAUUGUUUUGACUGGAAAUAAUCUUAUGUUCCUGGGAAACACAGCGUUUGCGGGACUUCAGUCGUUGAAAUACCUUGACCUAACCCAGACAGGACUCUCUAGUUUAACAUUUGUGCCAAUGCUGGACUUGAAUAACAUGGAGACAUUGAUACUAGGAAACAACUACAUCCAAACACUAGAACUCCCACCACAUUUUCCAGCCAGAAGCCUAAAAUACUUGGACCUGCAGAUGAACCAUAUACAAACAAUAUCAGCUAAAGACGUAAAACAACUACAGCAAUCCAGUAAUCUGACUCUGAUUCUUAAAGGCAAUGAUAUUAUGCAUAUUGACCCUGGGACUUUUCGUUCCAUUUCUUUCCACAGUUUGGACUUCACCAGUUGUCCCAACGUCUCUGUGAUUGUCAAAGGGUUGCAAAAUGCUAAAAUUGUUUUUCUUCAGCUUGGCACUUUUUUGGAUAUCCAUGUUCUUUCCGUGAGCCCCAACAUGUUGCAGGGCAUCUUCAAUAUGUCUGUAGACCACCUCACUCUGCAGUAUCGCACUUUCUUAAAUCUCUCUAGUGAAACAUUCAAGUGGCUGACCAAACUCCAAAGGCUAGACUUGACGAAAACCUCCCUCUCCAUGCUACCGCUUGACCUUCCUCAAAUGAAUAUGCUGAAGGAAUUAAAUCUGAACAAGAACAAAUUUGUGCACAUUUGUGAUAUCAGAUCUUCUGUCUUCCCCAACCUCACCCAUCUUUCCAUCAGAGGAAAUUCUCACAAUCUGGAUUUGGGUAUUGGAUGUUUGGAGUCCUUGUCUAAGCUGCAACAUAUUGACUUGAGCAGUAGUCUGAUAGAAAGUUUUGACUGCUGUAGCAAGCAGCUCCAUGGCCUGAGCAGUUUGCAACACCUCAACCUAAGCUACAACAGCAAAAUUUUGUUCUGUGAUAUAGCCUUUAAUGAAUCUGCUAACCUCAAGAUUCUAGAUCUGUCCUUCACCCACAUAACGACUACCAAUGCUUCUCACGGACCCUUCCGCAAUCUGCAUCUUUUGCAGACCCUAAACCUAUCCUUCUCUCACAUUGAUGUCAAUAUCCAGCAUAUCUUGCAAGGUCUAGAGAGUCUCAAUGUCUUAAACCUGAAUGGAAACAAUUUUGAAACAGGGACCAUCCUAAAUAACAACCUCUUUCAGCAAGUACCCAAUUUAGAGGUGUUAAUUUUAUCUUCCUGCAAAUUGCCAGCUAUACAAACCAAAGCAUUUGCUGCCCUCAAGAAGCUAAAACAUGUGGAUCUGAGCCACAACAGUCUUAUUGCAUUCAACUCAGGUGCAUUUUCCAAUCUAAGGAACAUUUAUCUCAAUUUUGCCAAUAAUAGGAUCCAUAUUAUCCCACGUGAUAUGCUGACUGGCCUAUCUGGCCAGAGUGUAAUCAAUUUAAGUUACAAUCCUCUACAAUGCACCUGUUCCAAUAUUGGAUUAUUAACUUGGUACAAGCAAAACAAAGAUAAAAUUGAAGACUCUGAAGAGACAGUAUGCACUGAGCCCAAGUCACUAGCAGGUACUAAGCUUGUCUCUGUAAAUCUUUCUUGUGGGUACAGCACUGCAAAGAUAAUAUUGAUUAGCUUUGCUGUGAUAACAAUAAUUACAGCGACCUUCACUUUGAUCAUAUUAUUUUUAAUGAGAAAGAACCAACACAGUUAAGCUAUUGAAGAAAGAAAAGUGCAGGAAUAUAACUUCAAUAAUUCUAUCUUUAAGAAGAGCAUGGAUACAAGCAUUAUGUUAGUAGGUAGGAAGUUUAUUCUCAGCAGCAUCAUAGGACGAAGCAGCUAAUCUCAUCACUACAACAGGAAGGUAAAAGACUAUCAGUAACUUAACCCAAGGCAAAUGUGAGAAAUAUUGCUUUCCACAUUCCACAGAUGUUAUUUUAUCACUCACCACUCCUUGCAGACUUGAUUUCUUGUCGUAUUGCAAAAAGAAGAAAUCAUAGUUUUAUCCUAGAAAUAUAGAGCCAGAAGGGACCCCCAAGAGUUAAUGAGUGCAACUCUCUGCUAAAGCAGGAAAUCUACAGCUAAGGUAUCUCUAAUGGGUAGCCAUAUAACCUCUGCUUAAAAACUGCCCAGGAAGGACAGCCUACCAUUUUCUGAGUCACCCCACUGCACUGUUGAACAACUCUAAUUGUCAGGAGGUGAAAUGUCCUUUCUUGUAAUUUGAAUCCAUUACUUUGGGUAUCAUCCUCUGGAGCUACAUAAAGCAAGCCUGCCCCAUCUUCCAUGUCACAGCCCUUCGGAUAUUUAAAGAUGGCUACCUUAUUGCUUUUUCCAGUAGCGAUGUAUAAAAGUGAGAGCUGGACCGUAAAGAAGGCUGACCGCCCAAGAAUUGAUGCUU